AAGUUUUCCCUCAGCGGUCCGAAGAUGAGCCUGUUUUUGUUAACUUACCGAAGUUGAAUUUAAAUUUUUAUAUGCAAGUGGAGUCUCUGUGUUAGGUGUGGGUUAUCUGUUCUCUGUCAUAUUUUAAGAUAAAAAAAAAAUGGAUGGUGACUUCGAAGAUGGAGAACUUUCCGGCUCCAGCUCGGACCCUGAGAUGGGAGCCGUCACGGCUGCACCAGCCGUGCCUCAGGCUAGCCAAGCUGCAAGCGGCCAGUCCUUCCAGAGCAGAGUCGCUGUGCGGCCCUCUGCUCCCGCCUACCGCAGUUCCGGCGCGGCGGCGGCGGCGGACUCCAGCGACAGCGACGCCGAGUCUUCGGAUGAGGAGGCCGUUCUUUGGCGCCGCAAGCGACAGAAAGUGACCAACGUCCCCCCGCCUGCUGGCUUGCCGGGACCCACCCGAGGAGGCCGCAAGGUGAACAACGUGUGGGGGAGUGUGGUCCAGGAGCAGUGCCAGGAAGCCUUAACGGCGGAGCUGGGCAUUUUUGGCAUGGAGGGAGACGUCAGCAUGUCCAGCAGGAGUGUGGAGACUUACAACUACAUCCUGGCCCGCAAGAUGAUGGCGAAGGAAAAGGAGGAGGAGAGGCAGGCCAGGGUUGAAGAAGAGGUGAGCAUGUUGGACGCCCAGCUGGAGGAGUACAUGAAGGGUCAGGGGUCAGAAGAGAGGGCAGGAGGUGAUGCCAAGAGGAAGAGGCCCGUUAAAGAGAGGCUGGGACCCAGAGCGGAGAUGGACAUCAAGGGCCGGUUUGAAAUCACUGAGGAUGACCCAGAGGACAAGGUGUCUGACGAGAUUGCACACAGGCUGCAGGAGCCUAAAAAAGAUCUGAUCGAGCGCGUGGUCCGAGUCAUCGGGACUGAAAAAGCAAUCGAACUGCUCAGUGAAACUGCCACAAUUGAGGAAAGUGGCGGCAUGUUCACCGUGGAUGGCAGCAGACGACGGACGCCGGGUGGGGUGUACCUCAACCUACUGAAGAACACGCCCAGCGUCACCAAAGCCCAGAUCAGGCAGAUAUUCUUUGAUGAAAACCAGAAGGACUACAAGAGCAAAAAGGCGGCACAGAAGAGGAGGAAGCACGUGGUAGCCAAAAAGAUGAAGCAGGCCAUCGGCAUGUUGAACCUGCAGGAGCACGACGAUGUCUCCAGAGAGACGUUCGCCAGUGACACCAAUGAGGCCUUGGAAUCAUUAAAGGAGGCAGCGGAAGAGGAGGAGGUGGUGGCCGCAGUGGGCACAGAGGAGACGCCGGUGGUCUACAGCUCUGCAGACCUGGAGGUCUUCUGAGCGCUCAGUGAAGCUCCAGGCCUGAGGGCUGAUCCAAACUAAAACCAAUCAACUACUGUGUGAAACGAAACAAAAAACAAUCGCGAGUGAGUCCUUUUUCACUGUUUGACCAAAGGACAAGUUCUGUUGAUAACAGGACUGAUGGUCACAAGAUGCAAUGAAAAUUCUUUAGAUAUUGUGUUUUUUU